AGCUUAAUCACACAAGACAAGUAAGGGCAGAAUGCAUUUUAUAUUGGGCUAUGCUGUAGCUUAAUCUGAGCUGGGGCCUAUGAUAGCUGCAAAUGUAAGAACAAUAUCAGAAUUACUAACAGACAAAGAAAGACAUGAAGACAAGGGAAGGAGAGAGUGAAAAAAAGGACAGUGGACAAAGAAACAAACCAAGAGAUCUUAAGAAGGAAACCUAGCAGCUAAGAAUUUUAUAUGAGGAAGGAGUGCAACUUCCUUUUCAGUUGUUAGGUUCUCCUUUUUCUUUUAUUUCUCAGAAGUUUCCAUAGUGCUGAGGCUGAAUUCCUGGGCUAAGAAACUGAAAAUCUGUUCAGAGCAUUUCUGGACACUCAGGAAUUCUCAGGUUAUCACCAGUGCUUCCGGUGUUCAGCACAACCUUCUUGGACAGAUGGUGAGUGAGCAGACAGGAAAGGCUCAGUAAUUUAUUGGUGUCUCCCUCUGGAACCAGGGACUGAAAAGGCCCUUUGCUUUUCCAUAGCAAAACUAGGGACAGGGAUCAGUGAUCACACUGCAAUUGAAUGGCAUCAGAAAUUACCUAUGCUGAGGUGAAGUUCAAGAAUGCAUCACCCACUGCAGCAGUUGAAGUACCUACUCAGACGAAGAAGCAUGAGCACCAUCCCCAGAAAUACCCACCUUGGCUCCCAUGGCUGAUCUCACUGCUGCUUCUCUUGGUGUGCAUUGCCCUUGUUAUUCUCCUUGUCAUACCUUUCUCCCAUAGAGGCAACCAGUCCACAGUCCUGCAGCAGAAAUUCAUGGAGUGGUUGUGUGUCUCAGCGAUGCCGCAACACAAAGGCAGAGGCUGGCUGUGCUGCCCAAACGGCUGGAAACGCUUUAAAAAAAGCUGCUACUACAUGUCGGUUGAUAUGAUGAACUGGGCUGAGAGUGAGCAGAACUGCACCGCCAUGGGCUCCCACCUGGUGGUGAUCAACACCACAGCAGAGCAGACUUUCCUCACUGAAGAGCUACAACAAUCUCCACGAGGAAGGAAUUACUACAUCGGUCUGACUGCACAGGCACUGGGCCAGUGGCAGUGGGUGGACCAGACUCCAUAUAAUGAGUCAGCAAUGUUCUGGCGGAGCGGGGAACCAAGUAAUGUGGCUGUUGAGGCGUGCGUUGUAAUCCAUACAAAUCCAAAGAUACACAACUGGAAUGAUAUCCAAUGUGGGAACCAUUAUCGAAUUUGUGAAGCUGCAGCACUUAUUGUGUGAUGGAGCGACCCCCAUCCUGAGUAAAACUGGGAGCAUCUCAGGGCUGUGUUGGGAGGGAUAGGUGCCCCUGGAUCAUGCAUCUUCACUCUACUGGGUGGGGUGAUGUGAGUGGAAGUGAUAUUACUCUGUGUUCAGCAUCUCCAGAGCAUGUAUCAACUCAGGGAACACAUGAAGACUCAAGAUCAUCAAAGCAGGUCCUGGGCUCUUGUCCCCUCUUCCUUCUGAGUGGAUCUGGCAGCCACUGGCUGAAAAGAGGUCGAGAUCUCCAGAAAGAAGAAACAGGAAUGAAAGACAGAUGUUCUGAUCUUUGAUUUUCUUUGUCUCCUUGAGCAGAGGUGUCUGCUUUUUCUUGGGGCACACAGAGAAUGUCCUCUAGUUACAUUGGUUUCGCUGAAUAAAUAUUGAUUUCUUAUACAAGGGAAAAUACAGAACAAUGAAAAAGUCUUUGUUC